GCUGCCGCGGUGCCUGGAGGCGUCGGGCUCGCGCCCCGCGGAGAACGCAGGCGGCAUGGACUGCGGGAACGGGGCUCGCGCCCGGCAACAUGUAUUCCUGCUUCCAGAAUAUUUAAAAGAUGCUUCAAAGAAGAUGAAAAGUGGGCUUAUGUUUGUAAAAUUGGUUAACCCAUGUUCAGGGGAAGGAACCAUUUACUUGUUCAAUAUGUGUCUACAGCAGCUGUUUGAAAUAAAAAUUUUCAAGGAAAAACACCAUUCUUGGUUUAUAAAUCAAUCAGUCCAAUCAGGAGGUCUUCUCCACUUUGCCACACCCAUGGACCCUCUAUUUCUGCUUCUCCACUACCUCAGGAAGGCUGAUAAAGAGGGAAAGUUCCAGCCCCUAGAGCAAGUUGUGGUGGAUGACAUGUUUCCAAAUUGCAUCUUGUUGCUGAAACUUCCUGAUCUUGAGAAGUUACUUCGACAUGUGACAGAGGAAAAAGAAAUAGACAAAAAGAAAUAUUACAAGUACAGUAAGGAGAAGACAAUAAAGUGGCUGGAAAUAAAGGUUCAUCAGACUGUAUCAGCCUUAAAAACCAAUAACGUAAAUGUCAGUGCCCGGGUACAGGCAACUGCAUUUUUCUCUGGUGACCAGGUUUCCAGUGACAAGGAAGAGGAUUAUAUUCGUUAUGCACAUGGUCUGAUAUCUGAUUAUAUCCCUAAAGAAUUAAGUGAUGACUUAUCAAAAUAUUUAAAGCUUCCAGAACCUUCAGCGUCAUUGCCAAACCCUCCAUCAAAGAAAGUAAAGUUAUCUGAUGAGCCUGUAGAAGCAAAAGAAGAUUACACUAAGUUUAACAGGAAAGAUUGGAAGACUGAAAAGAAAAAUAGCAAAAUGACUGCAGCUCAGAAAGCUUUGGCUAAAGUUGACAAGAGUGGAAUGAGAAGUAUUGAUUCCUUUUUUGCUACAAAAAAUAAAAAAAUCGGAAAGAUCUGAAACUUUGAAAAUGAAAUCUAGCAAAAAUAUUUGCCUGUUACAUGUUCCAUUUUUGUCCUUCCCCCACACCACUGUGCUUCCUGACCCUUAAUUACCAAAAAAAAAAAUGAGGGCAAUUUGCAGAGUCGAACAUUUCUUCAUAUUUGAUUUUUGUGUUUUUGAACAAAAUGUGGGAAAGUCAUUGUGUAACUUUCAUGGCCUGUGUGGCCUUCAGACUCUUGUUUGACAUCCUGAAAAGUAAUCAAGUGAAUAGAGUUAACCUCUAGCUAGCAUCCCAGUUUCCUCAAUAAACUGACAUGUGACAGUA